AUGAAAGUCGUCAUCAUUGGCGCAGGGUUGAGUGGGCUCUCUACUGCCCUUGCUCUUCGCAAGUACGUUCGUCUUCCUAACGAAGAAGCGGUCGAGAUCAGCAUCUAUGACCGGGCGGAUCCUCACGACACUGGCAAGUACGGCUUCAACGACCACGCAGAUGUACGACAGAAGCAACAAGGAGCAGCUAUAAGUCUUCAACCGAAUGCUUUACGCGUUCUACGAGACCUGGACCCGGAGCUCGCGGACAAGGUCUAUACAUCUGGCUAUCCAUGCACGCACUUCACCUGGAAAACGGCGGGCGACAUCUUGCUUGGGCGCGAUUACCUCGAUCUGCUUCCUAUCUCACGGCCUAUACUGGUGCAGUGCCUGGCUGAAGCUCUUCCUGAAAAUGUCCGGAUAAUUUACAAGACGAUCAUCAAGGUAGAACCGAGGCAGGGCUCAUCCUUGAAGUCGAUCGUGCAUUUCGAGGACGGGACUCAGGAGGAGGCCGACCUGCUCGUGGGCGCCGAUGGCAUCCGCAGCCCCCUGAGACACUGCCUCUUCAAGGACGAUACUGAGCUGGCCGAAUCAAAGUAUCUAGGCGUCUGUGCAGUGGGCGGUGUGCUGGAUAUGCCGCUUCCUAAAGACUACCUCGACGACCCUUGCAUCGUCUUCGCCAUUGGAGCAAAUGGCACCUUUGGAUACUGCGGCCUGAAUAGAACCGAAGCCAACAAGCUCCUCUACUUCUCCUUUUACGACUCCGAGGAGAUGCCGGACCGUACCAAGGUGGAUUAUCAGGAGAUAACGAAGCACCUCCGAGAGCGACACCAUGACUGGGCGGAUCCACUCAUUCAUGACUGCCUGUCAAAGGCAGACAUUGACAAUGUCUACCCGAUAUGCUACGUUCCAGACCUCCCACACUGGGGCCACAGCGGCUGUGUCCUGGUGGGAGACGCUGCUCAUGCUAUGCCGCCGGCCAGCGGCCAAGGUGGCAGCCAGGCGUUCGAAGACGGGCAGAGCCUCGCCUUAUUGCUCGCCGGCUUUCUCGAAAAGCACAACACCAGCGAAGGCAUCGAAGAAGCCAUCAAAGCGUUCUACGAUCUGCGCCACGGGCGAGUUGACAAGAUGAAAGCGGAUGGUCUAGAAAUGGAGCGACAGCCGAAGCGGCCCUGGGGCUGGGCGACUACGCUGAUGAUGUAUGCUGGCUUGUCUGCUAUGGUGCAGGUGAAGUAUCUCAGCAGCUUUAUCUGGAAGGGAGAUCCGGUCGUGGACUGGGAUGCGAAGGAGGAGGUGCGGAAGUAUCUUGCUGCGAGGGAAUGA